AUGGUUAAAGCUGCCCCGGAACUGGCUUACGAAGUCGAGCCCAAAGUGAUGACGUUUGCGCUCAAGUUUCUCAACUCGGCGCCCAAAGAGAAGCUCAUGGUGGAGCUAGAACUGCCCGAAUCCACAGCCGACAAAGUGAUUGACCAGCGCGACUUUGGCGGGUACAAGAACCUGGACGAGAUUUUGACCAAGAAGCUCAUGCGCAAGAAGAAGUUCAACACGUUCCGAGACCGCCUCUUGAGCUACGCCAAGGACAACAAGCCGUCGGACAAGCCCGCCGACGACGACAACAACAACGCGAACCCGACAUCGAAGAAGGGCAAAAAGAAGGGCGGAGCUGCCAGCGCGGCGCACGCCGAGGCACUGCUGCAUCUGCAGAAGACAGAGAAGCCCGUGUUUAAGGAGACGGAACCGCUGCGAUUGCGGUUUGGAUAUUUAUUGGCCCUCCCCAAGGUGGAGAAGCCCGAGGAAACGAGCGAAGCGGAAGCCGCCGAGGUUGCGCAGCCCCUGAUCGUGGCCUAGUCGUCGUGAUCGUGUUGUGUGUCAACUUUGGUUGUAAUCUACUUGUACAUUUUUACUUCGUAUCGUGGCAAGGUUGGAUCUGGCGCAUAGUGGCUGAAACUCAUGUGGGGCUCUAUCUCAACGCAGUACAAGACACAGCCCGUUGAGGGCUUUGUAUCCAUAUUUAGUGUUAGGGUAACCCGGUAAAGUAUAGUUUCAUUCGCUUAA